AUGUUGCACAACAAACAAGAAGUUGAACUUUAGUUUUAUGGAAGUGAAGGGUGAGUAAAAGAUAUCUAUUCAGGAUAUUAAGAGUUCGUCUGUGGAAUAUUUUUGGAAAUGCACCUAUUCAUCAGCCAUCUCCUGGAGGGGGGAACCUUGGUUAAGGGAGGGGACUUUGCAAAGGGUGUAGUCAAAGAACUUAAUUUCCCUCUCUAGGUGGGGACAAAGGACAACCAAAGUUAAGAGAUUGUCCCUCCUAGAGGGGUGGCACAUUUUAAAACAAGAAGCCACAUUAAAAUUUGCAGGACAAAUUAAAGCUUUGCUUACUUGUGACUGAAAAGCAAUAUUUUCACAAGACAAAAAAAUAUUUUACACAAUGCUUAAUAGUCUGCCAUUUUGAUCCAAGCAAACCGCGAGGAGAUGGAGAAGCCUGUGUUCUUGUGUAUUGUGGUCUUUUCUGUCAUUUAAAACAACUUGAAGUGACUUGUUUCAGGCUCUCUGCAAAGUCCCCUGAUUUUUUGCGAUUGGCUGGCAAAUGGGGAAGACAGGAUUUUAUUUGUUUGUGAUUUUCCCUCAAGCAUUUUUCUUACUUUGUUGGCCAUGUGAAUAUCUUAUUUUAGUCAAGACGCUGAGCAAUUGGCCUUGUUUACUUUUUACGUCUUCACAGAUCUUGACAAAGUCUCAGUUCAUAAACACACAAAAAUUUUAUCACCUUCCAAACAAGCUUGGUCAAUAACUUAAACCUAUAUUUAAUUUUGUUCAUAUUAAUGCACCUUUCUUACAAAGCAUUACUACUAUAACAUUCCUUUGUAGCAUUGAUAGUGCCCACAACAAUGCUGUUCGAGGAUUUCUUUGUAAGGAACCGGAAAAGGAAAACAAUGGCUAUGAAAAGUCAACUAUCAAGCGUAAGUGAUGUGUUCAUAUGAUUUUCUCUUUAAAUUACAUACCUAAAUGUGCUACUAGAGAGUGCAUGCAAUUUUACUUUUCUGGUCCAACAAAAUGUGGUCACCUUGUAAGAAAUUUUUAAACUUUUGUUUAUUUCAUCUGAAAGUUUGUUGUCUAGAGUACCCUAAAACAUAGCUUUUCGAGGUGCAUAACUUGUCUUGUGCCUACCUUUAGUAGAAGACUCCUAUUGUUCCUGAUGAAUGAAACUUAACUUUGAAGAGACACAUUUGAUGCAUAACCAAACAAUUUAAUAGGUUGAAUUUGAAAAUGACCUAACCUGACUUUCUCAUCGAAUGUUGAUGUAAGGUUGCCAUUUACUUGAGAGAACGAAAGGAUAAAUUUGAGAAAAAUAGCUUUCAAUGUUAGGACAAGAUUCCCAUCAAAGACUUUUUCGUGAAUUUGGGUAAUAAAUAAAUAAUAAGCAAUUUACCUAAUACUAUUUUUAUGUACCAGGUGUUGUGUGAAGAUGUUAUGAAACGAAAAGACAGCAAUACCUUGACAAUCCACCUGACAGAAGAAAUAAAGCAGACAAGACUGCUCUGCAACAAAUUGAUGCAAAUUUCAUGAGUGGCGAGGAGAAUGGUGAGGGCAGUCAAGAGGAUGUGUGGGUUGUGAGGUCACCACCAUAG